AUGGGUAUGAAUGUGCUGAACAUCAAUGGGACUUUCAAUAUCUACAACCAGGAGCACUUCCACCACAACUGCAGGAACCCUGACCAGUUCCAUCACAACACCAGCUUCCACAAUCACUACACCCACAUCAAGAGCCACCAUCACACCUGCAGCCACCAGCAGCAGCCUCAGUACACCAGCUUCUAUGAUGGCGAGCUCCACCACAUUAAUUGCUACAAUGUCAACAAGCACUACCGCAAGAACAGGCACAACACCUCUAGUGACUACCAUUGCAACCAUCCCAGUGACUACUACACCACAUUCUACUACAACAGCAGCCACGAUAUCUACAACCAGGAGCACUUCCACCACAACAGCAGGAACCCUGACCAGUUCCAUCACAACACCAGCUUCCACAAUCACUACAGCCACAUCAAGAGCCACCAUCACACCUACAGCCACCAGCAGCAGCCUCAGUACACCAGCUUCUAUGAUGGUGAGCUCCACCACAUUAAUUGCUACAACGUCAACAAGCACUACCGCAAGAACAGACACAACACCUCUAGUGACUACCAUUGCAACAAUCCCAGUGACUACUACAUCACAUUCUACUACAACAGCAGCCACGAUAUCUACAACCAGGAGCACUACCACCACAACUGCGGGAACCCUGACCAGUUCCAUCACAACACCAGCUUCCACAAUCACUACACCCACAUCAAGAGCCACCAUCACACCUGCAGCCACCAGCAGCAGCCUCAGUACACCAGCUUCUAUGAUGGUGAGCUCCACCACAUUAAUUGCUACAACGUCAACAAGCACUACCGCAAGAACAGACACAACACCCCUAGUGACUACCAUCACAACAAUACCGCCAGCUACUACUCUGAGUUCCACCACAACAGAAGCCAUGAGUAG